UUGAAUUUUCCUUUAAAUAUAGCUUUUUGUCUUUGGUAUGUUUCGGAAGAAGAUUCGAAAAAUGACAGAAACUUAUCAGAAAGCCACCAAAUGGGACCCACGCGUCGCCGAGGGAGUGCAAGCAUUUCGCAAGAGGAGCCAGUUGUUAAAAGAGAGGCUCUAGAGGAAAGCUUUAACAAUGUUGAAGGAACUAGUCACCAAAAUAUGUAUGAAAAUGAAACAAAAAUAGAAUGUAUUCUGGAUAAUGAGCUUGACGUUGAGCUUGUGGAAGAAUCUAAUGGUCAGAAUUUGAAAAGUGAAAUAAUCUCACGAAAAGAGAAAGGCUCCAAAAGAAAAGAAAGUGCCUCAACACCAAUGAGGCAUUAUGAUCGUUACAAAAACCAAGAUUAUUGUAAGCGCAAUGAUGGUUCGAAGUAUUGUCAAAUAUGCCGAAAAAAGGUUUUUGGAAAGUUGCGAAGUUUACCAAGUGAACAUAGGCUACGAAGGGUAUGGAUUCUUAGAUUCAAUCUAGAUGCAGAGCGUUCAGCUGAGCUGUGGGUGCGAGAAGCAUUUUCGGAUGCAACACACUGUGGAGAAGCCUGUCCUAUCCAUUUUCCUGUAGGAUCUCAUAAUUUGAAAAACAGACAGUUAUUACCUAUUGAUAUGAGGCAAGAUCCUGACAGUUAUUCAAUCCAAGACGAUGAGGUAUUCGAUUUUGAUUCUUUGGAAUUAGAAUGUGUUUUCUGCCAAGCAAAAAACGUUCUAAGAUGCAUGGUUCCUUUCACUAGAACUAGGAGCAGAAGGUAUAAAUGGGUGAAUGCUAUUUGUGGUGACGGAGAUUCAGCUAUAAGAGAAGUGUUGCAAGAGAAACUUAAAAACGGAGCAUCCAAAUUUCUUUGUGAUUGGCACUUCAGUGACAAUGAUUUUGAUAUUAAUCAGUUCGGCGAAUGGCGCUUACGAAAAGAUGCAGUUCCCGAUGCAACACUUUGCGAGGAAGAUAAACAAGCUAACCGAAUAUACAUGAUAAAUCACGGAGACACCAUACUCUCCAGAAAUAUCGAUCCUGUUGGCCGCAGGGAAGAUAUGAUGAUGUUCAGAAGAGAAGGCUUCGCCAAGGGCCGCAUGGAUGGUUUUCAGUAUAGAUAUUUAUCAGACAAAAUGAGAAGAUCCCACAAUAGAAGAAUGUACAUGUAUGAUCGUCCGGAAUAUUCAUACGUUUCCAACAUACAGUAUGAUGACGAUCAAAUUGUGGAAGAUAUAGAUGGGCCAUCCACUUCUCAUAUGUAUCUCGACAAUCCGCGGCAGUUGCAUGGAAUUACUGGGCCUGAAGUAGAGAUAGCAUUCUCAGAGGAGCCCGAAAUCCAGAAUGCAGAUAUGUAUACUCCUAUUGAGUACUCGGAAGACAGUGAUGAGGAAUUAGAAGCAUUAAAGGCUGCUGAGCAAUACAAUGGCGAACAAGUUCACACAGCAUAUUUCUGUCAGGUUUGCAAUCGAGUUAUGUCUUCUCGUAAGAGUAUGGAAGAACAUAAACCGAGAACUUGGCCAUUUGACGAACCUAAACAUGAGAAAUGGUUAGAGAUCAUGAAUUGGCCUAGUGAAUUCGAAGAGUCCAUGCGCGUGUUAUGGCUAAAACGAAAGAAUGAUUUUGUCAAACAUGGAAAUUAUCAUUUCUGUCCCAUAACAAUUUGUGAAUCUCACUUGGCUUAUAGACAGCUGCAUCAAAAAAUGGAUGAGUGGGUUAAAACGUUCUGUGUACUAUGCGACGAAGACUUGAAGGAUCCCAAUCUUUUAUUACCCUUUCCAAAUGAUCGAGUUCUGAGACGGUUGUGGGUUCACACCCUUGUGAGUGGUCCUCCUAUUAAUCGCUUAGUAGAGAGGAGAUGGAAAUGGCUAAAAGAUAGACUGACAAGAGCAAAAUCGACAAGAUAUCGUUUGUGUGUCUACCAUUUCUGCCAGGAUGCAUUUGUGGAAAAAGAAGAUUGUGUUGAGUUCAAUGAAGCGUCUAUCCCUCUUCCUCUGGGACUAUCAGAAUAUGAUGUCACUCCUAGAGGACCACAAGGUUUCAUCAAAUGUCCGCUUUGUGAUAUGUGGGGUCCAGGGGACUCUUUGGUUGAAAUUAGACCUCCUUCCACACAAGCGGAACGCAUCUUGUUGGUAGAGCUAUUAUCCGGCGACAAACCAAUGAUGAAAAAAGGCGUGGAACAGUUAGCUAUGCAUCCAUGCCGAAUAUGUAAAGCUCACUUGCCAUCUGUGGAUCCCUACAGCGUCAUAGCGGAACGUCGGCUUGUAGCUCAAAUCGAAGUUCAGUGUGUACAAUGUAAUCAUAGAGAUGUUGGUGCAAAUAUGGUACCAUUCCCUGCUGAACCGUUUGAAAAAAGAAAGGCUUGGAUCGAUUCAAUUUGUAGAGAUCACUUCUUCCGACAACGCCUCCAGAGUCGGUUAAUGAAUAGAGGAAGGCAUUAUCUAUGUACAGCCCAUUUCCACAAAAAUUCCCUCAGAUAUAUACCCGGCCUUGGUAUUUGGAAACGAUUUAUUUAUAUGCCUCUCGCAAUGUCAACGGGAGAACGAGAUAAAAUCAUGGGGUUGCAAGAAGGGCAGGAUAUCUAUCAUCCACUUGUCAUUGCGGGGCUUGAUGAUAAUGGCGUUGUUCAUGACUUAACUUAUGAUGAGGUAUCUGAACUGCUUGGCGAGAAUAUGGAUCCUAUAUUCCCACCAGACUAUAAGCCUAGAGCGCUGCUUUCUUCCAAUGCUAAGAGAGAGGAAGAAGUAGAAAUCGAAGGCGUAGUAGAGAUUCAAGAUCCGUUGGAUGCUGGACACUUAGUCGAAGAAGCUACUGUUGAACCAUAA